AUGAGUGAUGAAGGAGAAAGGACCUGUCCUCUCUGCGCAGAAGAGAUGGAUUUGACAGAUCAGCAGUUGAAACCUUGUCGAUGUGGUUAUGAGAUCUGUGUCUGGUGUUGGCACCACAUAAUGGACAUGGCUGAGAAGGAUGAUACAGAUGGGCGAUGCCCUGCUUGUCGUUCUCCUUAUGAUAAGGAAAAGAUUGUUGGGACGGCGUCAAAGUGUGAAAGAUUGCUGAAUGAAAUUAAUAUGGAGAAAAAGGUGAAGAAUCAAAAAGCAAAAUCUAAAUCUGCUGAUGGACGGAAGCAGCUCAGUAGUGUGCGAGUGAUUCAGCGAAACCUUGUUUACAUAGUUGGAUUGCCUCUGGAUCUGGCAGAUGAAGAUCUUCUCCAGAAGCGAGAGUAUUUUGGUCAGUAUGGGAAGGUCUUAAAAGUGUCAAUGUCACGGACGGCAGGUGGUGUCAUUCAACAGUUUCCUAAUGAUACUUGCAGUGUAUAUAUUACUUAUUUAAAGGAAGAGGAAGCAAUUCAGUGUAUUCAAAAUGUACAUGGAUUUGUUUUGGAGGGUAAACCCUUAAGGGCUUGUUUUGGAACCACAAAAUAUUGUCAUGCAUGGCUCCGAAAUUCGCCUUGCAUCAACCCUGAUUGUCUAUAUCUGCACGAGGUUGGCUCUCAAGAAGAUAGCUUUACAAAAGAUGAAAUAAUAUCAGCUUACACUAGAAGUAGAGUUCAACAAAUCACUGGUGCCACAACUAAUAUGCAACGGCGGUCGGGGACUGUAUUACCUCCUCCUCUGGAUGAUUGCACAGAUAAUUCGACAGAAAGGCCCAUUAUUAAAAGUGCUCCAACUAACUCUGUCUACACAGUGCGAAGUUCGCCUCCAAAUGGAAUCAAUGGGAAACAUGUACCUCUUUCCACUAGUACUGCAUGGGGUACUCAGGCUACAAGUUGUCUGCCCCCUGCUGGAGGUCUAUCAAACCCAUCUGUUUUGUCCAAGCCAAAGCCUGAUACAGUUAACAGCACACUUGCCUUUUCUACUGCUGUUACGGGAACAAUUCAGGCUUCUGCAGCACAGGGUGAUGGUUCAAGGAGGCCGCCAUCAAGUGAUGGGAGUCAUAAUACAUUACCUAGGGUGAAAAGUGAAUUGCCAAAACCUAUUAAACAAUAUAAUAGCAAUGACAGUCUGACCAGUGCAGGUGAAAAAAUUUCAGCUUGUCCUGUUUCUCCCGCACCUGUCAAUUUGAAGAGUGAGCUGUCUUCUCGACCAUUAUCACGAGAUAAUGAUAGAGGCAAUUGUACUAUAGCAAACACAUUAAAUUCUACUGACAUCACUGGACAUUCUUUUAACUCUGGUCCCGAGGAAGCAGUGCCUGCUACCAGUGAAGUGAUCCGGAAUCUGUCCAGUGAGUUCUCCUCAAUUAACAUUGGUAGAAGUUCCUCAAUUGAAAACUAUGGUAUAACCAAACCUAGUAACCGGCCUACUGAUCACGUCUUGUCUAAAUCUCCUCAAAUUCAAGAAGGAUCACAAUAUGAUGUUGACAGAUUUAAAGACCCAAUAACAACAAAUGUGGUUGGUAAAACUUCCACAUCAGAUAGUGGGAUUUUUAGUCUAAAGGAACAAUGUGGUGGUAUAUUGAAGUCUCAAUCUCAAGUAUUAUCAGAUACAGCUGAUAUUGAAGAUGAUGUAACAUCUUUUGAUAAUCAAAGACUCAAGGAUCCAGAAGUUUGUCGUUCUUAUUUGCCUAAGGCAACAAAUUUCCUUAAUGUAUCAAAACUUUCUAGCCCUUGUCUAAUGCCGUAUGGCGAACCUUGUACUGCUGGAAAUGCUGGUUCUCUAUCUUCUGAUGAUAGAGUUCGGGAUGAAUCUAUUUUACAUUCGUCUAGCAUGUUAUGUAAUGGCUAUCCUGAGAAAUUGAUCAGUGGCUCCUCUAAUGGUUUGCUUCAUGAUGAAAGAAACAGACAAAGCAUUGGAAGGUUGGUUGGGGAUGCUGUUAAUACCGGGUGUGAUGUGGCAAUUGAUAAGGGUGAAAGUAAUAUAAUCUCAAAUAUUCUGUCGAUUGAUUUUGAUCCAUGGGAUGACUCCCUUACAUCACCUCAUAAUAUAGUGAAGCUGUUGACUGACAAUACUGAUAGCCAGCCCGGUCCUUUAAAAAAAUCUAGUUCUUGGAAAGUUCAAAACAAUAACCAGUCAAGGUUCUCUUUUGCAAGACAGGAAGAAUCUGAAAUUCAAACUUUGGAUGUGCAUCCGUCUUAUGCUUUUAGCCAGCAACAGCCCAAGAGCCACACACUCAAUCAGAAUCUGGCAGAAAGAGACUUUUAUAUGGAAAAGUUGGGCAUUGCAAAUGGCUUUCCUUCUAGUAACUUUGAGGAAGCUGAAAAUAUAAGCAGUGCUCAUUCACUUGCUUCUUCCAAUAAGCUUUCUGCUAUUUCAAGAGCACAAGUUUCAGCUCCGCCAGGUUUUUCAAUUCCAAGCAGGCUGCCGCCUCCUGGUUUUUCUUCCCAUGAGAGAUCAGAGCAGACUUUUGACUCCCUAUCUGGGAAUUCCUUACUUGAUCAUUCUUCUUUUUUGAGAAAUUCACAUCAAACGCUCUCAGCUGGAAAUAUUGGUGGCACAGGCGACAUUGAAUUUAUGGAUCCAGCUAUUUUGGCAGUUGUUGGCAAGGGGAGACUUCAAGGUGCGCAAAACAGCCAAUCAUUGGACAUGCGAUCAAAUUUCAAUCCACAAUUAAAUAAUUACUUCGACAAUGAAGCCAGACUACAGUUCCUGAUGCAAAGAUCUCUCUCACAGCAGCAAAACCAUAGAUUUCCUGAAAUUGGGAAUACUUAUUCUCAACUUGGUGAUUCAUAUGGUAUUUCUUCUAGGUUAGAUCAAUCUCAAGUCAGUAACUUAGCCCCUUUCCCUCAGCUGUCUAUGCAGCAGUCUACAAAUGCAGUCUUUUCUAAUGGCCAAUGGAAUGGGUGGAAUGAGAUGCAGAGUGGGAAUGGUCUGGGGGUUGCCGAACUUUUGCGGAACGAAAGACUUGGAUUUAACAAGUUUUACCCAGGAUAUGAUGAUUCAAAGUAUCGGAUGCCAAAUUCUGGGGAUAUCUACAACAGAACUUUUGGCAUGUGA